AUGCCUCCUUCGAAGUGGGACGAGGAGUCCGAGGAGUCCUCUGAUGAAGAGUCCGUAGACGUUCCUGUCGCACGCCGCAAGUUUGCCGAUGAAGAAGACUCUGACGCUGUCGCGGAUAACUGGGAGGAAGAAGAGGAUUCCGAAGCCGAACGCGAGAAAGCCGCAAAAGCAGCCGCAGCAAAGGCCAAAGCCGACGCCGAAGCCGCAGCCAACAAGAAGUCAAAGUCUCAGCGCAUAGAGGAGCACCGUGAGGCGAACCGACGCCGACGCGCCGAGGAAGAAGAAGAGGAGAGCUCAGAGGAAGAGGAUGACGCCGAAAAACGUGCAAGGUUACGGCAGACCGAACAGGAUGCCGAUCUCAAACACGCCCAGGAUCUCUUUGCCAACGUCGGGAUGGGGCCGAAGUCGCGAACCGCUCCCAACAAGGCGGUGAUAAUAGAAGACAAGGCGAACCCCGGCCAGGCGAUUGAUCUCUCCAAGUAUCCUCUGUUCAAACCCGCCACGAAAUCGCAGUUUGACGCCCUCUCGGCCACAUUGGUGCCACUACUCACAGCCGCGUCGUCGAAACCGCACUAUUCGCUGUGGGUGUCUACCUUCGUGAAACAGAUAUGCGCCGACUUGCCCAGUGCAGAAAUCAAAAAGGCGGCGAGCGCCCUCACGGCGUUGAGUAACGAGAAGAUGAAGGAGGAGAAGGAAAAGGAGAAGGGUGGCAAGAAGAGCAAGGCAGCAAAGACCAAGUCCUCUCUCGCCGCAACGCGGGAUAUGGGUAGAGGCGUCGCAGACACGACUAGCUACGAUGAUGGAUUGGGUGAGGACGACUUUAUGUGA